GUAUCCCAAGCGACCGCUUUAGUACAACAUUUGUAGUUAGAAUUAUUGUCUGGUUUAAAAAUAAAGGAUACAAUUUUUAAAAAUAUACAAAUCAAAUAAAAUUGGAGUGAUACUGUCGAAAAAUGGAAAAUCGUAAGAAUUUAUUUAAGGUGUCUUCUGGGGUGCUAAGCUCGCACAAUCAUUGUAAAAUUAACCGUGAACGACAGCGCGUUGUUCGGAGCAAAAUACGUGAGGAACUUUUUCAAAAAAACCGCAUCAUAAGUAUCAGUCCUACCCCGCAGACAAAAUUACCAGAAAAGCAACUGAAAUUAAAUUAUUUGCCACCUACAGCUGCAAAUAUCGAGCAAGAAAAUCAACUUUUUUCGCAAAAUGAAACUUCUAACAAUAAUAAAAUGUCACAACGUCAGGCGAAUUACUUGGAACGCUUCCUCAAGUGGAAAGCGCUUGAUAAGCACCAAGCAUCCCUAAAAAAAGGCAAUGGAUGCAAGGGCGGGCAAGCUGUGUCGCAGCCAUCUGCGUCGAUUGGAUCAGAAAAUCAUCACAAUCGUCGCUCGCUAUAUGUCGUUGAUAAUAGACCGGAGAGGCCAACAAAACAGUCUGAGAAACCCUUAUUCCUGACCUCUACCACUUCUAACCCUCCAAAGACUAAUACAUUCACGAAUUUGCCCACGAAGUCAUCUGCUGCUGUUAAGUCAAGUCACAUAGUUAAUAGAAUACAGCCUUUUGCUUUUGGAGAAAGUCAUAAAAAUCUUAAAACAAAGCCCAAAUCUGUGCAAACAAACCUUUUGACGAGACAACAAGUCUCUCGAUCAGCUCUAACUGAAAACCAAACAUCAUCUGAAUGUAUAAAGGAAAAACCGCCAAAACAGAUUAACCUUAAACAAAAGCCACCACUGGUAAAGUCAACAGUACUAUCCGUUAAAAGUUCAAGGCCACCAAAUUUGAUAACCAAGCCAUUCGAAGCAGCUGCAACUUCAGGGAACUCUCGAGGUGGUCGUGCAGUCCAAACCAAAACAACUUUAGCACAAAGAAAAGGCGUUAAACCUCUGCUUUCUGAGCUGUCGACACGCAUGAAGGCCAAAAAUUCACACUCUAAACAAAAGCAAAUUAGGCAAAUAAUUUCUACAAAAUUAGACCAGCUGCAAGAAAUAUGUGAUUUACAGACACCUUCUACGCCUAAAUUUAAAGCACAGGCAACAUCAACUCAGAACAAAUCAAAUAACAGUGAGGAUAAUUUAUUGGAGCCUAAUGUUAACACAUCCAAUAACCCAAUGGUGGAUGUUAGUAGUGAGUCAAAUGGAACAGUUGCUGCUGCUAAGCGACAGUUGUUACCACCAUCGCCAAAAGUAUCGAAGUCACAGAACUCUGUGGAUGCCGCGGAGGAUGAAUUGACGUUGUUGGCAACCACUCCGCCACGUUACGAAGAAUGUCAAUCAAGUCCUUUUGUGACCGCCUCUCGUGGAAAAGGGAAAAUGCAGUUAGAGGAUGAUAACCACAGUAGCACAUUGCAGUGUGCUGCAGUGAGUCGCAUAAUGGACUCUGUGACAUACUUUCGAAUCCAGCUGGAUAACGAAAUUAAACGCCUUCAUUCACUCUGCGAUGAAUGGCAUUUAUAUAGCAACCAAAAUGAAGAGCGACUUUUAGAGACUGGAGCCAAGGAUAUUAUAGAUGCUGCUAUUGGGCAGACUAAAUUGCUUACUAGCAAAAAGUUUAUGCAGUUCAAAGGGUUAAUUGAUCGCUGUGAAUCAGGUGCCACAGGUAUUGACCAGUUACCAAAUGAUGGGAGUGAGGCUUCUAAGCCCGUUUUUGUUGACGAUUUGGAGGGGUGGUGGGAUAUGUUGCGCUUGCAAAGCCAAAAUGUAGAUAAACGAUUCGAUAUUCUGCAGCGCUUGAAAGCAAAUGAUUGGAUUGAUCAAGACGCUGGGACAUUAUCGAAAACAAAAUCUAAAGUAGGUCCCAAAGCCAAGUUAAAGCCCACCGCUAAGCCGAGCAGCGAGUUAAAAUCUUUUUUGCGUAAGGCUUUUGCAGACAAACGAAGACAACAGGCAACUCAAGCAAUUAUUGAGGAAAGCAAUCAACUAAAUCAAACUCCGAAACGCUGCUUACAGCAUCGUCUUAUUGUGGUCCGAGAUCGCAAAUCUUUCUCACCAGUUCGUACCGUUCUUCGCGUGUCUAAUGGCAGUGUAAAUCGACCAUCAAUUGGAGUGAAAAGUUUAUUAAAGUCUGCUAUUAUGGGGGCAGCGGAGCAGUUAACUCGUGAGCAGUUGACACCAGCAAGAGGGCAGCCCAUGUCUAUUUUAAAAACUCCAGCAACCAAAAAACGUGAAAAUUCGGCAACUCGAAACGUCAUAUUUAGUGCGAAAAAAAAAGUUCGUCGUUUCCAGUUCACAUUUGACGAGGGUAAUGUCAGUGGAGAUGAGACCAUCGUUGGAUGUGAUAAGUUGGAUGACUGUGAGGAGGAUAUGAGCUUAGAGAAAGUCUCAUUACAGGACGGCCCGUCAGUGUCUUCAGCAAAUUCAAAAACUGGGGAGACUUGUGGAAAUACAUCAAGAACUUAUUCGCUUCGAAAUCGUUUAAUAAAACUAAGGGCGUCAUCGGAAUUUAUGUAAAAUUCGAAGUCAUCAGAAUUUAUGUAAACUUCGAAACGGCUGGUAUAUUAAAUGUUUUUUAGGUUUUAAUGAAAAGCAAAUAAUGUAAACAGACAUUUCUUUACUCUAAUUGGA